ACAAAUAAUAUUAUUGAAGGGUUAUUAGCAGCUGCCUUUGGAAAUAUAAUUGAAUUGAUCAUUUUGAUUUUUGCUUUAAUUCAUAGAGAAAUUGAGAUUGUUCAAACAUCUUUAUUAGGAUCAAUUAUUUCUAAUCUUUUAUUGAUAUUAGAAAUGUGUAUUCUUGUCAGUGGAUAUUAUUUUGAUGAACAAAAAUUUAAAAAAAUUACUGCACAAACUAAUUCAAGAUUUACAAAAAAUCUUAAUAUUAGUAAAUCUUUUGUUAGUAUUAUUAUUUUACCAAUUGUUAGAAAUGUUGCAGAGCAUUUUACAGCAAUGGAUGCUGCAAGAAAAAAUAAAAUGGAUUUAGCAAUUUCUAUUUCUGUUGGAUCUUCAAUGGAUGGAAAAUCAAAUUGGUUGGAAGGUGUUAUUGAAAAUAAUAUUGAAUGUGAAUAUAGUAUUAUUAAAACUGAAGAGAAAUUUUUAGAAUUAAAAAAAAUAGGAUUAUCUGCUUAUGUUGUACAAUUAGAAUAUACAUCAGAUCAUAAAGUACAUGUUCAAGCAUAUUUUAAAAUGAAAAGUAGUAUGGAAUCUAAUGUUAAAUAUGCAAGAAAACAUUAUAAUAAAUGUAAAAAGCAUGAAAAGAAAAGAUGUAAAUGUCAUUAUUCUGAAGAUGAAGAUUAUAUAUGUGAAUUAAAAAGUAGAAUAGAUGGCUUAGCAAGUUUAAUUGGACCAUUUCAAUUUGGGAUUUUUCAUAAUCUUGAAAAGAAUGAAAUAUUACUUGAGAAUUUGAAAAGAGUAGAAAAUAUUAGAAAAGAAAAUAUGUUAUAUGAAGAAAUUAUAAUGAAUGCUGAUACAAAAGCACCAUUAUCUUGGCAUCAAGCACCUAAUGGAUUUGAAAAAAUUCGAAAAGAUAUGAAAUAUUUUAAAAAAUUAAAAAGAGGUGGAAGAUUUUGGUGUCCAGUUGUAUUUUAUUUUUAUGGACCUGGUGGAAGUAAAAAAUCCAGAUUAGUUACAGAGUUAUUUGGUAAUGAAUUAUUUGAUAAACAAGAAAAAAUAAGAAGUAGUUCAAGUUGGUGA